AUGGACCCCUGGUCCAGUCCUUGGAGCGACGAAGCCCCAGCUGCCGUCGCAAGCACAUCGACGCUCGACUCCGACGUACCGUUAUCCGGCUCGGAGCAUCAGCCCGUAGAUUCGGCCUCCCUUGGCUUCUCUCUGCCGCUGGACUCGUCUGAUCCGUGGUUAAAAGAUGACCCUCAGCACCUACCUGCCGCUAUCGAGCCAGGCCACGGCGUGGCGCAACGUCUGGCGCCAUCGGAGCUUCACAAGGUACCCUCGACGUUCCUCGCAGACUCUCGCACAGCAUGGGCUUCUGAAGCCGAGACAGAAGUUUCCUCGCUUUCCGCGGUGCCACUGCCCGCAGCAGGCACACCGACCACCUCGCCGGCUCACUACGCCUCCGAUGACGGCCCAGAUCCCUGGUCAGCUGCAGACUCCGCAUCGGCAGGCGCGCUUACUGCGCCUAAGCUCGGGCUUCCUUUGUCCUCGAGGCAUCCGUUCAGCUUGCCGGAGCCAAUUAGUUGGGACAAAGACGCUUCAAGCUGGCAGGGUGAUCCGGAUCAGGCCCGUGUCUCGAGCAAUCACAGCGCUACGACACCAGAUCGGACAGAUGGAGUCAGCGGCACGGGGACACUUCCCUCUUGCGACCCAGAAUCCUCGGUUCAUCGCUCUACAACGUCCGACCCAGCCCAUCGCGCGCUCGAGACAGAUGCCUGGGCCACCGAGGCCACCGAGCGCGCUCGCUCAGGCGCGCAGCUGACAUCGGACGAGCUGAGCCAGCUGAAAGUAGACGCAAGGAGGAUGGUUUCGGGUCUGGACGAGACACAGACCUUGGCUGCCGCAUUCAAGAUGGACCUGGCCGGGGACGAAGGCUGGGAUAACCUGUUUGGGGCCGAUGGAACCAAGGCCGGUGUCUGGCAAAAUCUCCGAGCGCCACCACCAACAGCGUCGAGGGACCAAGACACGACCCUGGAGGAGGACCAGAGCCGCGAACCCCUCGGGACUUCGGCGCUGACGCGAAAGGCCGUCCGUCAGACGGAGGGCAAAGGGGCAAACCUGACAAGCUCCGAGGGAAGCAGCCUGUGGAAGAGGCGAUCGAACACGUCACCCAAGGCAGAGUGGGAGACCGGCGUUGCCGUGGGCACCGACAUCAACGGCACACGAAAUGCCACUGAUACGCGAACGCAAGCCUCGGAGCAGGACGGCAAAGGCAAGGCCGGGCCCGGAUGGUAUCAGGCAUCAGCAAAGGAGACCAAGCCCGCUCUCGCUGGUGGCUUGCUCGCCAGUCUCUUCAGAGGUCGUCAGGCCUCAUCCACCGAGAUACGCAGCCCGUCCGUCAGCGCAGGCACACCUUCACCUCGCGCAAGCACGGACCAGCAACCAACGAGGACAUCAACAGAGCCAGUAACGGCCACGAUGCCUUCUCCAGCCCUAGCGGCAGUCGCUGCAUUCGACGCUACGCAGACAAACACUGGCGACGACGCGCAAGAAUACACAGAUGAUCCCUUCGGGUCCAGUCUGCAUGGGAUGACACAAAACGAGAAAGGCGUCCCGGCUGAAGACAAGCCCUCUCUCUUGAGCCGCUGGCGGAACCGAAACCUCUUCGGAACCCGCUUGGCUCGACCUCGAUCUGGAGCGCCCACAAGCCAAGACUUCAGCGAGGAUGACUUGAACUGGCUCGACAGCAAACUCGGAAGCCAGUACACGGAAGAGGGCAGCCUUGCCUACGACAACACCUACGACGGUGCCGACACCGUGGUCGAGCCGACAGGAGCUGGAUCCAGCUCGGCGCGAUUCGCCACGCGCUUCGGCAACUUGAUCGAUGGCGACGACGGCAAAACAGACGACAAUGAUGUUCGGGACAGUCUCUUUAUCAGGGAUCUCGCACCAACCUUCCCGGUCGGCGAGGGAAUCACGCACGAGCACGCGAACGUGCGCCCCGACGGCCAUCAGGGUGCGUCUGCAGGCGCCGCCGAAGGACGCGGCAUCGUGCGCCCGGCAAGCUCGACCUUUCGCUGGUCAGACCUCGACUGGGACGACGGCAGCAAGCAGCAAAGCGCCCCCAAGGGCAUCGCACCAGGACCGGAGCAAGCGGCGCGCGGUACGCCUCGGAUCCUGCCACCUCCGCCAUCGAAACGGGCUUCUCUGCCUCCUCCCCCGCGCACAAGCCGUCCUCUCACCGCGGAAGCACGAACCGGCCCGUCCAGGAUCAACGAGGCGCUGAUCCCUGAGUUCGGCGCGGCUCAAGAGGGCCAGCAAGGCGACGGUUCUGCGAUGAAAGCUGCAGCGACACCUGACAAGCACCCGAUUGCACGGGCAGUUCAGGGAAAUUCUCUGACCGCAGACGAGCUAAGCUUCUUUGAUAGUCUUUGA